GCGUGUUGCUGACGUGUGUGUGUGUGUGUGUGUGUGUGUGUGAGAGAGAGAGAGAGCGAGAGAGAUAGAGUUUGAGUGAGACAGCAGGGGUUGAGUAUUGCUGCUGAUGAGAGAGAGAGAGAGAUAGCUAAACACAAUCCGUCGACUAAAAAAACAGGACCUCUCAUUUAACCUUUGGAUAUCUGGUUAACGGAUAAAUCGCCGCAGAGGGAUUAAAAUAAAAGGAUUCGCGCUUUAUGGUGCGAUUAUCGAUGGUCUCGAGCUGAUUUGAUCCCGCUAACAGGCUAAUAACAAGCGCAGGUGGAUGACUCGCGAGACUCGACCUGGAUGUUGUCCUGUUUUCGAGAAAGAUGACUGGGGAAUCAAACCGAAUUAAGGAUUUAAAUCAUCUCUGACGGGAAUCAGAAACACAUCACGGGUCUUCUUUAUUUCGAAAUGGAAAAUCAAGCGGGGGUCGUGUGGGCCAGCUAACGUUAGUCGGCUAUUUGGUUUACCUCAGAUGUGGAGGAUGCUGAUGCUAACCGCACUAGAACAGUCUAUCAUUUAAGGGGUUUCGUUUUUGUUUUUAGUCUUAUAACAAACUGACAGCUGUUUAGAACAUAGUCUGUUGUGAUUAACAAAUAAAAUAAGUAAAGCUUUAUUCAAUCAGACUGCGUGACAAUCAGAGUGUAAUAAUUGAAUACACUGCCUCGUGUUUAUAUAUCAUAACCAGACUUUAAAAAUUACUAUUUAAACCAGGGAAGUGUCAAGCCUGUUAUAAGUGUGCACUUAUAAUGAUUUGCUAAUGUGGUAGGCACAGUUUUUUAACAGUAGGAAGUUAGGGGUUAUGAAUUAACUCAAAUGGAAUUUGGAUAUAGAGUCUGAUGUUUGCACUGAUGUAGCUUUCUAUUUUAUGUAAUCUCUUAUACAUGUAUAGUUUCUAAAAUUGUAUUUUUAUGAGUAGCAAUCUUAAGCAGUGAAGUAAUCUUAUUAUGUGUUGAUUAGGAUGUGGACCAGGAUGUGGAUCAGCAUGUUUUGAGAAGUCUUAUGUUAAAUGGAUUAGACUUGACUUUGAAUGGGGAACAGGGCCAACAAUUUUUUUUUUUUUGGAGAGAUUUGCAUAUCGGAAAAAAAAAUAUGAGCUGUAUUACAGCAGUGAAACAUUAUCCCCGUGUCUACAAAAGUAAACAGUAGUUGAUCAUUUACAGGGAGGUGGACGCUUACCCAUGGGUCUCGACAAGGAUAUUUAUUUUGGUGCGUAUUCUGGAAGAGUCCACCAACUGCUUUUGAAUUCCGAACGUUAUUACUUUGUGGGAUCAUAACAAAGGAUUCGAAUUUCUGGGAUAUUUCCAUUUGUCAGAGGAGAGCAUUCUUCUAUUCAAUGGAGCAAGUUCUCUCCAGCCCUAAAGGGUGUUCUGAGUGGGAGGUGAGCGGGAAAGCUGAGUGGGAAUCCGAGCAGAAUCCCCUCGGAUUUCUCCUUAUGGAUAAAGACGACAUUUCUGUUGGUGAUUCUACUAAUGAAAUAUUUCAGGAAAAUGCCAUAAACCUUGAUGACCUGUUUUGGUCCUCUCAGUAUUCCGGGCAGACGUAUUCCUGGGAAAAUGGUUUGGAAUGUGUCUAUCCCGAAUGGACGACUCUGCCUCAUCCUUCCCAAGGUCUCAAAGGAGAGGGUUCGCCUGGAGGUUCUGAAAUUGUUGAUGGAGAUCUCAUCUCUUUUAAUUCUAGAUCUACUAGUCCUACACUCUCGAACAUACCCGUGGAGAACCAAAACAACUUUUCUGACCUUUCUGAACAGGUGCCUGAUUUCCUGCAACCUGUGGAGGUUACUGCCACUUCAAACUCUCUAGAUGUGUACACAGGUGAGAUGGGUAUUAUUGACCCCACAAUUCAGUCUGACAAAACAAUACUACAAGAAACUCACCUCUUUGACAAAACAAUUUUAACAAACUGUGAAUUCAGCCAUAAUUCCUUAGAGGAAAGAACAUUUGUGAACAUGGACAGUCAGUGCUUGCUUCCGCACGGGACGCAUCUCACUCUGGAAUCUGAAGGUUUGUUGCCCGUUUCUCCUGUGGCAUUGUCAUGUACAGAUACAAACUCAAAUCCCAAACCUUCAAUUAUUUGUCAGACACCUUUAUCUACACCAGAACACAUCUACCUCCCAUCCUCAACCCUUUCCUGUGAGGCCAUCCCUCUGACGACCUGUACAGAACCAACUGUCAUGUCAUUUCACGAGGGUAGCACUCUCCUUUCACUGAAUGAGAUGGAGAUGUUGUUACCUGGGCUGCUGGUUGGAGGUCUGUACUCUGAACAGGAGAGUAGUAAGCUCUCGGGUAGUAACGAGACCCAUGACGAUGAUCUUCAGAGCCAAGACACAACAGACGCUAACAUAGAAACAACACAACUAUCUUCUGAAGCGGAUACUGUAUGUAGUACUCCAUUAGGUGAGUCUUGCAAAUCACCUGAACAUUGUGAAGAAGUGUUGUGUGAUUUAUCCACAGAAUGGACACCAACGGUUGGAGAAAAGAUAGAGGAGGAGGUUGUGUCUAAUGCUAUAACUGAAAAUGUUUUUUCUGAAGCAAAAACAGAACUCACACCAAUUGCUUUUGGUGAUAUACAAGCAGAAGAUCCUUCACCUGAAAGCCUGCUUUACAAAGAUAAACAUAAAGAGUCUACAUCAGCCUUGUCAGUCGACACAUUUGAAAAUAAUGCAUUAAUUGACCUCUCGACUGAACAUGACAUCUUAUCUGAGGAUCACAGCCAGCCCAAACAUUCAGCUGAGGCUGAAGCCUUAUCUGAGGUGUCUCAUGACGGAGAUAUUCCUGAUUCCAUGUUUGAGAUCUUAACAGACAGCAUCUCUUGCGAAUCUGUGCCAUCUUUAGACUCUGUAAUUCCACCUGUGACCGAUGCAACGGAGCUAACAGAACUGGACAAAUGUGAUGGAAACUUACCUGAUCUUGAAUCGAAUGCACUCACCCUUGAAUUUCAGAAUAAUGUAAGAAAUGUAGAAACAGACAAUGUAAAGGGUGACCCUGACCCUGCCGAUUCCACUCCCUUCACCUGUGCAGGUGAUCAGCUGACCGUGACGGGUGGACUUGUGGGGCCGGAUCUUACAGAGACCACAGAGACUCCCAGCCAAUUGCGUGAAGCUACUGGUGAGGGAGAGGCGGAGUUUCCUUCUCAGCUUACACAUCAGGAGGAUUUCCAUCAGCUGACACUAUCACAGAUAGACCUGGCACAAGAGCAACAAGUGAGCUCAGUCGCCCCCAGCUCUCCUCCCUCACACAGAAAUGUCUUUCCCUGUGGAGCCAGCCUGGAUAGGGAGGCCUACCUGACCUUGAUGGAGAAUAAACCUGAUGCACCCAACAUUCCCAAACAUGCAGAAAUGACUCUGGAUCUGUGCAAGGCCUCAGAUGCUCUGCCGACCAAAUCGCUCCAUGACCAGAGAGUCCCCGUGGAUUUGAUAAACGUGCCUAUAGUUUCCGCAACAGCCCAUAAAAGCGAGGAGCAGUUAGCUCUUCGAGCGGUUUUCCAGGCUUUGGAUCAGGACGGGGAUGGAUUUGUCCAUAUCGAGGAGUUCAUCGAGUUUGCAAAAGCAUAUGGAGCCGAACAGGUCAGUUUUUGGCUUUCCUUGUCUAUUUGUGUGAGUUUGUGGUGGCUUAGUUUUGGGUGGUGGGGGUAAAUGUUAUAAAAAUGCUUUAUGAUUACAGGACAGUGUGUGUCUUCAUUUGGUUCCCAAAGCUCAAAGUGAAACUUGAUCAUGGUGACACCCAAGAACUGCUCUUUUAUUAUUCAAACCCUCAAAGACUCAGAAUACCACUCUUGUCCUCUCACUCUUGUCUUUCAUGGCGUCUUUCCUUUUUAACUAUCAUUUGCUUUGCAUCAGUUUUAUCAAACUAUGCAAGUAGUAUUUAAUUACAUGGUAACUUGUCAUAAUUUCUGUAUCUUAACUUGAACAUCAACAGUUUAAAGGAA